AAUUUAGGAAAAGAGAGACAGCUCUUGGAUAUAGAUUCUUUAUGUUGCACGUGAGUACAGUCACUCUUUGGCUGACACACAAGAAGGAAUUGCUUGACAUGUGAAGGAGCUUUUGUUUCUACCCAUCUAACAUCAUCAAUGGCUACUGACUGCAAUGCUGUGCAGGUUCCCUUGCGUCAGAAGCCGAGGAAGAAAACUCAAGGUCUUUUCAGGAUGAGUCGCAGGAGGAUAUCGUGUAAAGAUCUGGGACAUGCUGACUGUCAAGGGUGGCUGUAUAAGAAAAAGGAAAAGGGGACUUUCCUAAGCAACAAAUGGAAAAAGUUCUGGGUGGUGCUCAAGGGGUCGUCGCUGUACUGGUACAGCAAUCAGAUGGCAGAGAAAGCAGAUGGAUUUGUCAACCUUUCGGAUUUCACUGUGGAAAGAGCAUCUGAGUGCAAGAAAAAGCAUGCAUUUAAGAUCAACCAUCCACAGAUCAAGACCUUUUAUUUUGCAGCUGAGAAUCUGCAGGAAAUGAAUGUGUGGCUAAAUAAACUUGGAUUAGCUGCAAUUCAUCAGGAAUCCACGACAAAGGAUGAAGAAUGCUACAGUGAAAGUGAGCAGGAAGAUCCUGAAAUAGCUGUGGAGACAUCGCCGCUUCCUUACUCUUCUGCAACUUCCUCUCCUGUGGCCACACAGCGGGCAUCUUCUUCCUCACCCAACAGGAGGGAAACAUCAUGUUCCUUUUCCUCGCUGGAAAGUACAGUGAAGACAUCUGGCAGCUUUUCUUCCUCCGGAUCUAAAGAAAGACAGUCCCGGCUCAACACAGUCAAUAGUUCACCUGCUGUGGAGGAUGUUGGCCACUCCCUGCCUUUGGCAGUACAGGUUCAUUUGCCUGCUCCCUCAGAGGUAAACAGUUGCAAGGCCCCAGAAAACAGCUCUGUCACAGCUGAGAGUGGGCUUUUGAACUCUUUAUCGAGCGAUGACACUUCUUCGUUGAAUAGCAAUCAAGACCAUCUGACCAUUCCAGAAAAAUCUCCUGGAGCAAGAAUGAUGGAUGGAGAAGAAACAAAAGCAGCUGAAGAUGAAAUGGAGAAGCUUUACAAAUCAUUAGAGCAAGCUAGUCUGUCUCCUCUGGGAGACCGAAGACCUUCUACUAAAAAGGAGCUGAGGAAGUCUUUUGUUAAGAGGUGCAAGAAUCCAUCUAUCAAUGAGAAACUUCACAAAAUCCGAACCUUGAAUAGCACGUUAAAGUGUAAAGAACAUGAUCUGGCCAUGAUUAACCAGUUGCUGGAUGAUCCAAAGCUGACAGCCAGGAAAUACAGAGAAUGGAAGGUCAUGAACACCCUGCUCAUCCAGGACAUCUACCAGCAGCAGCACGCCACACCUGCCCCGGAGGGCAGCCCCCAGGAACUCAAAAAAGAACCUUCUUCUGUCUGUGCUGACACUUGUAUCUGAGAAAGAGCCAGGACUCUCUCCUCUCCUAGUGUGUUGCAAGAAAUUCUACAAAAAGAUGCCAAGAGCUUACAUUUUUCCUUAAAAGGAAAACUGAAGUUCUUCAAGCAGCAGCUCUUCCUCUAGAGAUACAAGUUGGGUGAAAAGAGUAACCAAAUGCAGCAGAACCCCUGGUCCUACCUGGACCAUGGCCCUUAGGAUGGGGACGGUUGAGUUCCUUUGAGGAGCCAUGAUUUCAUCCUCCUCAGGGGAGCUCUGAGCUGGACAAGGCUCCAGGUGACUGUGAGACAUCUAGCUCCUGCCCCAUGGAUCAUUCAGUUUUACUAGGGAUACAAGUAUCCUUUAUUUCACAGAAAAGCUCUACUUUCCAAUAGGAGCAUGUACAUGUCCACUUGUUGGACUGCAGAGUUCUCCUGUGAGUGGACCCUAACUUUUGCAUACUUGUUUAUAUGCAGACCAAAAAUUGUUUGCAGACAAUUCUGAUGCAGAAUAGCAGAGGCUUGUUCUCUUGCUGAGAAAUACUUUAUAGAGCAAGGUGCACGGUGGCGCCUGGGGAGGAGGUGAGCUCGGUGCCCCACUCAAGAAGAGGGUGGCCUGGAAACUUCACACGUUGCCCUGGUCAGGUGAUCUGGCUAAUGUUCCUUUAUCUCACAACACCUAGAGAAAAACUAGCACUUGAACGUUGGAGACCUCUACUCGCUCUUAGCUUUCCACAUCAAAAGCAAGAGACAGGGAUAAGGGCAGCAAGGGAGGUUCUGUGGCCUUUGACUGUGGCUGUGGUAUCUGCGCACGGUGCGAAGCCAUAACCAGUCUUUCUGGGUUAAUAUCGACAGGAUGAUUCUGGCUUCUGAAUUAGUUUAGUCUCAUUAUUUGUGGAAGAAACAAACCCAAAGCAAUCAAAACAAAAAAAGAAAUAAACACAAGUGUUUUAUUUUUGUAUGUCACUUAGUGUGUUAUGUGAAUAGCUAUCUAUGUUUCUUAUUUAAAUAUAUUUAUAGAAGUUAAAAUUGCUAGUGUUU